GUUCGCUGGGGUCCUGUCUACGCUGAUGUUCGCUGCAUAGCGAGGAUUCGCAUCAAUCGAAACACGGGAGUGAAAGCUGUGAAGAUGAGCCCUCCGAAGACAGAGUGGCAGGCCGCAGCUGAAAAGGAGUUCCUCCAGAUGCGCGCCCGAGUGCCCAAAGAUGAGCCGCUUGGAUCCGCUUGGUACUCUGUGUGA